AGCCAUCAUGGCGACAGGCACCGCACAAGCAAGCGAAGCGGCAGCCCUUGCGACACGGAGGGUCAUGGAGCGGUACGGGCUACGGCAUGCUGCCACCAAGCGGGGAGGAUAGAACAAAUGUGGUAUUUGUAUGCACAACGUAACACUGGACAGACAUGGAGAACAUGCAGUAUGCAGAAGAACUCGUGAAGGAGUUUCUCGUGUUCAGGGGUUUCACAAAUACGCUUCAAGCUUACGAGUCAGAAUUGUCUACUGAGAUCGGCAGGAACUUUGAAGUAGACAAGAUUCUAGAUUUAGUCUUCUCAGUGUAUAUACCAAAAUAUCAACUGGAUAGACUGCUAAGCCUGUUUAACUUUUUUAAGCAAUGUCUCACUUCACCAACGGAAACCGUGUUUUAUGCGACGCUUGUUAAACUGGAGCAGUCAGUACUACGGUAUUAUGUUGUCAAUGCUCUGAAAUCUGGAAAGCAAGAUAAGGUAGUUGAAUUCUUUGGUGCAAGUAGCAAUUAUCUGAUGCAAAAGCGUGAAGAUUGGCUAGCAUGGUUUGCUAUACCGUUUAUUAAGAACCCAAGCUUGGAUCCACAGUUCCGUAUGUAUUUCUCCAAAGAAUGGUCGGACACUUUGAUUCUUUCAUUUCGGAACUUUUUGAGUGGGAUGUUCAGUGGUACUCGAAUUCCAGCUCUUUUAAAGAUUAGCACUGAAAAGAAUACCAUCAAAUGCCUCAAGAGUGACAUAAAGCAACUGAACAACAAAUUAUCAGAGCUACAAGCAUUGUUAGAGGUGAAGGAAGCUGAACUGACUCUGUUGAGAAGGAAUGGCAACAAUAUUGAUUUUGGAAAGAAGAAUUUGACCAAGGCUAGUACAGCUGGCUCCUCUCUUGCGGGACAAGAUAUGCCAGGAGUGUAUGAAGAAUCCUCAACUUUAAGUACUGCUGUACUGGGUCUUGAAUCACAGUCAUCAAGUUCAGCAAAAUCUUCUUCAAGAGAUGGGAAAUUACGUGAAUCUUCUCAGCUAAGCCACUCAGAUAAUGACCAGAUUUUGGUAACAGAGGAAGACUUUCCUGAAGUGAAAGUGGAUUUUCAGGAAACAUUUUUAGGCCACAACAGUGCAAUAAGUAGCUGUCGAUUUUCUGCUUCUGGAUCAAAUAUUGCUAGUUCUUCAACUGAUGGCACAGUGAGAAUCUGGACAUACGACUCGUCAACACCAUCAUCUAAAAAUGCCACUAUAUACUGUGGAGCAGAAGUCAGUACACUUUCUUGGGAAUGCAGAUCUGACCGCUUGCUGCUCAUAGGCACAGCUAAUGGAGGCAUUAAAGCUUGGAAUGCUGACGCGAAAAGAGUUGUUUGUGACCUCAGUACAUCAAAAGACUUUCCCAGUGUGCUUGAUUUGAAGUGUAGCCCUGUAGACCCCGUGUUUGUCUCUGCAGCUGCAUCAAGACGGCAUGGAUCAACUAUAUUUGACAGAACGGGAUUUGCUUCCUUGACAGUAUGGCAUAUGAAAACAUGGAAGCCUCUGACAGUACUCCCUCUUGGUGAGGAUCCACCUGCUAUUACUUCUCUUUGCUUCAAUCACAAUGGAAAGAUCUUGGCAGCCUCUGCAACAGACGGAAUGAUUCACAUGUUUGACAUGUCUGCUGGUCUUCAAAUCACUGGAUGGCCUGCCCAUGAUUCCCCUGUCAGCUCAGUUCUUUUUGGGCCAGCUGAAACUAGCAUCUUCAGUUUAGGCUCCGAUGGGAAGAUAUUUGAGUGGAGCUUGCACAAUCAAGGCCAGAUUCUUUGGUCAAGAGAUUGCAGUAGGUUUUGCAACCCAGUGAGCUUUAACACGCGCAUGCAUGAGGUAGCACUGGAUUCUGAUGGCAAGAGGCUCCUUGUUACCUCGGGUUUGGUCCGGGCCCCAAUUUACCAGGUCCAAGGACAUGAACGUGGGUUAAGGACACUUCCUCACAGUGCAUCUAUAACAAGCGUGGACUGGCACCCCACGCUGCCAAUCUACGUUACCGGUUCGGCAGAUCACUCUGUCCGGGUCACAUCCAUUAUAUGAUACUAUCUACAAUGAAAGGUUGCCCUUGAGAUUUUGCUCAUUGCUCAAUGCAACCAGAAGUGCUGUUCCGUGGAGUGCCACCAGGUGACAUCCAAGAGAUAAAUCAGUUCCAUACAUGGCCAAUCCCUAGUGCAUGCUAUUCCUGGCAAUUUUGCCCAGACAGAUACUUUUACAUGUGGAAAAAAUGGCCUGUCUUUGUGCUUGUAGCUGGCUCUGUAGACUUGGUGAGUCCACGCUAACUUUAUUGGUGUUAAAACGGGUCAAAAGUUAUGUGAUCUUUUUACGUGGUAGGUGGUACAACUUCUACAGCAGAUUUGCACCGUUGUCAUCAGAGAGGCAAAUGGGGAUCAAUGCCUUGCUGAUUUUAUGAUGUCUUGCUGGCUUUUUCACCUCAGAAAAUGAUGCAUUGCCGUUUGUGGAACAAAAAAUGUUGUGGCCGGAAUUACUUGUCGAAAUAUUAUAUGUAUCUAGACGUUUUUUACACAUAGAUACAUCCGUAUUUGGGGCAAAUUUGAGACAAGUAAUACCGGUUGGAAGGAGUAUCAAAUGUUGUAUCAAUGGAACUCCAGUCUAUUCCUCA